AUGCGCAGUAGCCGCAGUUUUGUUUGAGGGGAGUUCUCGUAGUCAGAGAAGUGAAUUUCGGCCGGAAAGGGAAAGAAGAUCCGACACACACACACACACACACACACACACACACACACACACACACACACACACACACAAUACACACACACCGAUUUCAUCCAACUUAUGAGCGUUGUAUUCGAGCCCGAAGCCCUCGUGCCUGCUUGACGCGAGGCUCUGACGAUGUUAGGACAGUACCCAGGCGCGGAGAGAUCGCAGCUCGUGAGCUAUGUGGAGGAUUACCUGGAGUGUGUCGAGUCGCUUCCUCUGGACAUCCAGAGAAAUGUUUCACUUCUGCGGGAAAUCGACACCAAAUAUCAAGAGAUCUUAAAGGAGGUAGACGAGGUGUUUGAGAAGUAUAAGAAGGAGGGGGAUGGAGCUCAGCGGAAGCGUCUCCAGAUGCAGCUGCAGCGCGCCCUCAUCAGCAGCCAGGAGCUCGGUGACGAGAAGAUCCACGUGGUGACGCAGAUGAUGGAUGUGGUGGAGAAUCGCUCGCGCCAGAUGGAGGCCCAUUCGCCCUGCUUCAUAGAGCCGAGCGAAGCAGAAAGACCGGCCGAGAAAUCUCGCCAUGAGCCGGUUAGCGCUGCGACUAACGCCGCGGUUGAGCGCUCGUCGUCACGGCGACCUCGCCGUCACCGCAACAGCGAGAGCCGUGACUCUUGCUACAGCGCUAACGGUGCUAACGGGGUUCUGGACGAUCCGAGCGAUGAAGCGGCGACUCAGCCGCCCCGCGAGAAAAAGUCCAAGUCGGCUAAGAAGAAGAAGCGCUCGAAAGGGAAGUCGGAGCGCGAAGUCUCUCCCCCCGUGGAGUUCAACAUCGACCCCAACGAGCCGACCUACUGCCUGUGUGAGCAGGUCUCCUACGGGGAGAUGAUCGGCUGCGAUAACGAGCAGUGCCCCAUUGAGUGGUUCCACUUCUCCUGCGUCGGACUCACCUACAAACCCAAGGGCAAGUGGUACUGUCCGAAGUGUCGUGGAGACAGCGAAAAGACCAUGGACAAAAGCACAGAGAGGCCCAAGAAGGACCGGCGCUCCAGGUAGUGACUCGGGAACGAGAGUCACGUCUACAGCACAGAGAUGCGCCGAGACACAUGUUCGGAAUGUUUUAGAACGUUCUCGGCGGCUCUAGCAUCCUCCUGAAGGAUCUAGACGGCUAUGUAACGUUUCCAGGACGUUCCAAUUUUUUUGAAUCUUCUGGAACGUUCUCCACAGGAUGUUACAGACCGCUCCACAGAUUCACAACGAUCUUCCUCCAGGUCUAUUUUUCAACUUUGCGUCACGUGAUCGGGUCCAUUCAGGAUCCAGAGCUGUUAUAUGGGGGGGGGUGUCUGAACGCAUCGAUCCUGAAGCCGCGAUUGGUCAGGAACUAGACGGGACGUGAGACAACUCCACGUGUCAAGUCACGUGUGUGGAACCGCGGAGCAAAACGUCCAGUUCAGACCGCGACACUUCCUCAUCCACUUCCCCCUGUCCAGCAUCACUACACGCAUCCCAGAAUGCACCGCGGUUUCCUUCACAGCGUAUACGUUCCAACACUAACCUCGGUUCAGAUCACGAUUUGUCCCUGCAGAACUAACGUACGUACACACACACACACACACACACACACACACACACACACACACACACAUCUGAUAAGAAGCUGAUGAGGGAGUGUAACACAGCUGGAACGCGAGAACAGGAAGCCACAUGCCGACUUCCUGCAGGAAACAAGGACUCACAAAACUGUCAUCAGUGACUUUUCUUUCUUUCUCCAGACCUUCUUUUUUCUUGUGAAUUAAAAAAAAAAAUGCUGAUUUGUAACACAGGAUUUUCGACAACGAACUUCACGUCCUUUUUUUUUUUUUUUUUUUUUUUAAAUGGAUGGAGAAGUUCAAAAUGUCUUCCAGAGUGAGAGAACAGUUUUCGUUGCUUGAUUGGUUUUGAUGAGUCUUGUGUAAUUAUUAUUUUUUUGGUUCUAGGAUUCCUUAAAAAAAAAAGUUUUGUGUAUUUAAAUAAACCUGUGCUUUACACCUCUGUGUGUGUGUGUGUGUGUGUGUGUGUGUGUGUGUGUGUGUGUGUGUGUGUGUGUGUGUGUGUGUGAGAGAGGUCUCUGAUGUCUCACUCAUUCUCCAGCAGCCCCGAUUCGUAAAAUCUGUUUUAGGGGGUAAAAAAAUCACAAAGCGUUCAACAUCAUCUGAAGUAUUGAAUGUUCGUUCUCUAUUGUAGAAGAAGAGAAGCCCCUGUGGGUGUGUACAGAUGUGGGUGUGUACAGAUGUGGGUGUGUACAGGGUACACACAGUACAGGGUGAUCAAAACUAUAAUCUUUCCAACAAUGUUUCCUUUUUUCUUUAUUGAACACAAAACAUUAAUAAAUCGAGUAAACCAGCGGUC